AGAGGGAGAGAGGGGUCUUUCCCCGUGCGUGCCGCGAUGGAGGGACGGGGGCGAGUGGCGAGAGACCAAAAACCCUGCACGUGGAUGCAGCGAAACUAAACCCGGAUUUGUUCCACGGUCGAUAAGCUGGAUUUCAUAAACCGCCGAUACGUCCGAGGCAUUUUGUGGGGAACUUAGGGAAGGGAAGGAUUCCGAGUUUUUUGGUUUUUGGUUUCUUUGGUCAAAGAGGAGGAUCCGCAGGGAGGAAGGAGGGCAUCAGCGUCGCCAUAGCCGCACCAAGCAGCCCAAGCGCAAGCGCACGACCUGAAGGAGGAGGAGGAGGCCGGAGGAUUCGCCUCUCCCCGCGCGCCAUCGACCUCGAUCCAUCGCGCUUUUUGAUCGGAUCACCUGGAAUUCGCGGCCACCUAGUCCGGACACUGCGGGUGCUCUCCUUGCUUCUGCUGACGGAGGUGGAAAUGGAUUUGGUCUCUAGUUGCAAGGACAAAUUAGCGUAUUUUCGAAUAAAGGAACUGAAGGAUGUCUUGACGCAGUUAGGACUUUCAAAGCAAGGGAGGAAGCAGGAUCUUGUAGAACGGAUAUUAUCAGCUCUUUCAGAUGAACAAGUGUCCAAGAUGUGGGCAAAGAAGCACGUGGGGAAGGAAGAUGUCGCAAAACUAGUUGAUGACAUUUACAGAAAAAUGCAGGUUUCUGGGGCCCCUGAUUUAGCUUCAAAUGGUCAGGGAGCCUCAGAUUGCAGUAAUGUCAAAGUUAAAGGAGAGUCGAUUGACCCAUAUCGGUCAGAUGCAAAGGUCAGAUGUCCUUGUGGAAAUUCUUUGGAAACAGAGACAAUGAUCAUGUGUGAGGACCCAAGAUGCCAUGUCUGGCAACACAUGAGUUGUGUCAUCUUUCCUGAAAAACCUGAGGAGGCUCCUGAAAAUUUUUAUUGUGAGCUGUGCCGUCUUAGUCGUGCUGAUCCGUUUUGGGUUUCAGUGGGACAUCCUCUGCAGCCUGUGAAGAUGGUUACUACGAAUAUUCCAGCUGAUGGUACUAAUCCCAUACAGAGUGUUGAGAGAACUUUUCAACUGACAAGGGCAGACAGAGACCUUUUAGUGAAGCAAGAGUUUGGUCUUCAGGCGUGGUGCAUGCUUCUCAGUGACAAGGUUUCAUAUAGGAUGCAUUGGCCUCAAUAUGCAGACCUACAGAUCAAUGGUUCGCCUGUUCGUGCUAUUAAUAGGCCUGGCUCACAGCUGCUGGGGGCUAAUGGUCGUGAUGAUGGUCCCAUUAUAACACAGAUUGUGAAAGAUGGCAUCAAUAAGAUCAGCUUAACGGGGUGUGAUGCUCGCAUUUUCUGUUUGGGAGUCAGAAUUGUGAAAAGGCGCAAUGUUCAACAGAUUCUCAAUCUGAUUCCAAAAGAAUCUGAUGGUGAACGUUUUGAAGAUGCUCUUGCUCGUGUUUGUCGCUGCGUUGGGGGUGGAGCAACCGAAGCUGAUAGCGACAGUGAUCUGGAAGUGGUAGCAGAUUCCUUUGCUGUUAAUCUACGAUGCCCUAUGAGUGGUUCGAGAAUGAAGGUUGCUGGUAGAUUUAAACCUUGUCUUCACAUGGGAUGUUUUGAUCUGGAGGUAUAUGUGGAAAUGAAUCAGAGAUCCAGGAAGUGGCAGUGUCCUGUAUGUAUGAAAAAUUACUCGCUGGAGAAUAUCAUUAUUGACCCUUACUUUAAUCGCGUGACAUCUCUGAUGAGGAAUUGUGGAGAAGACGUGACAGAAAUUGAGGUCAAGCCUGAUGGUUCUUGGCGUGUUAAGACCAAAACCGAAAGUGAACGGAGAGAUCUGGGCAAUCUUUCUCAAUGGCACCUUCCUGAUAGUACACUUUGUCUCUUGACAGAAGAGAAUUCUCCACCUAAUGCAGAGUAUUUGAAGCAGAUUAAGCAAGAAGGUGUUUCGGACAGCCAUACUGGUUUGAAACUUGGAAUUAGGAAAAACCGCGAUGGAAUUUGGGAAGUCAGCAAACCGGAUGAGUUGAAUAACUCUUCCAGUAACAGAUUGCUCGAUAAAUUUGGAGACCAUGAACUGAAAGUCAUUCCAAUGAGCAGCAGUGCCACUGGAAGUGGUAGGGAUGGGGAAGAUCCUAGUGUUAAUCAGGAAGGUGGGGGGAAUUUCGAUUUCUCUACCCACAAUGGAAUUGAACUUGAUUCAAUUACUUUGAAUGUAGACCCCUCUUUUGGAUACACUGAUCAAAUUCCUUCUGCUCCAAUGGGUGAUGCAGAAAUUAUUGUUCUUAGUGACUCGGAUGAAGAGAAUGACAUUUUAGUAUCUCCUAGAAGUAUCUACAAGAAUGAUCAUUCUGAGCCUAGUGGGAUUAACUUUUCCAUGCCUCAUGCUGGGAUUGCUGAUACAUUUGAAGAUCCUGCUCUUGGUACUGGGGCAAAUUCGUGUUUGGGGCUUUUUAAUAGCAACACUGAUGAUUUUGAAAAUAUGCACCUCUGGUCAUUACCACCAGGAACUCAAGGUGGUCCUGCCUUUCAGUUAUUUGGUUCAGAUGGUGAUGUUUCCGAUGCUCUGGCUGAUUUGCAGCAUGGUUCAAUGAAUUGUACCUCUUCGACAAAUGGCUACGCUUUGGCACCAGUGACUAUGACGGAAGCCCCUGCUCUAGUUCCAGAUCCUUCAGUUGGUCAUGCUGAUGAUAGUUUAAAUGAUAAUUUAGUUGAUAAUCCCUUGGCACUCGGCCGGGUUGACCCUUCCCUUCAGCUAUUCCCCUCUGCUGCGUCAUUGCAGCCUAACAUAAGGGAUCAAUCUGACAUGUCAAAUGCCCCACGUACAGAGGAUUGGAUAUCUCUGAGACUUGGGGAUGGUGCCACUGGUGGUCAUUGUGAACCUCCUACUGCCAAUGGAUUCACCCCAGGACAGCAAAUUCCUUCUGGAGAAGGGUCCAUGGAGACUUUGGCCGACACAGCUUCUUUGCUUCUGGGAAUGAAUGAUGGUAGAUCCGAGAAGGCAAGUAGGCAGAGAUCAGGUAGCCCCUUAUCAUUUCCUCGACAAAAACGUUCUGUGAGACCAAGACCAAGAUUGUACCUUUCUAUUGAAUCAGAUUCUGAAUAGAAGGAUUCUCACUCCUCUUGGACGGUUUCGGCCAUACAAAAUUUGCUGAAGAAUUGUGUUGAAGGAUCUCUAGCGAUCCAAUUUAGUCCUCAAUAACUUGAAUAGUGCUAGCACUUUCAUAUUUGUAUUUUGCUGGUUUGGGCUGAGGCAUACGACAGAGCUAGGCAAAUGCUGAAGCCGUUCUGACUAAAUUUUUGCUCGCAACUGACAAGUACCUUUAAAUUGGUUUCCUGCAUAUACCAACGAGAUCUGCAGUUCAUAUUCGGGUAAACUGUACAGUGGACACUCAUUUAAAUCCGAUACUUUCUGGUACCAUCCAUUGAGGUUAUAGGAUGUAGCGCGCAACAUAAAUGUUUUGCCUUUUACUUAGUGAUGAAAGCCGGUUAGCUUUGUAAAUGUUUCUCCAGUCGGUUAGUAAUAGAAAAAGAUAAAGAACGACUUAUGCUGCCUGUACUGCCCGUUCGUUUUUGGCCAUGUGUUGUCCUUUAUGAAUUGGAUGCGAUUGCUUAGUUUUUGUUUUGCUCUAGAAAAGUGGUGUCGGUGCACAAGAGGAGUGUUGUUGCUCAAUGGCUCCGUGGCUAGUUGAUCAUAGUAGUCAUAUAGCAAGCCGGACCAAGAGUUCAGCAAUGAAGGUCUUGAUGAAAGUUGAUGGCAAUGAGAGGAAUCUUUUUUUGUCCUCUCUCUAUCUCUCUCUCUCAUAUGCAAGUACAUGUGUGUGUAUAGGGAGCGUUGGUUCACAUUUUAUGAGAACAUUAGUAAGGAUGUAUGUAAAUCAGCACAUUAUUUAUCGCAUUGGAUGUUCAAUGCCAGAGUUACGGGUGACCCCACUCUUUCUUUUCUG